AUGAUAGUGGCCCUCUUGAUUUUUCGGUCAACACUGCAAAACAUUGGGCUGUUAGUGCUCGGGUUGGCAGCAUCAUCCCUUCCAUCGAUUUUAAUUGGUAAUCCGACUAAAGUGGCGCUUCGUAGUAGAAACCUCAUCCAUGGAGAGGUUUCUUGUGGUUUCUGCAUGCUUGAAGAAGAGAAUGUGGAUCACAUGUUUACGGCUUGUGGUAUGGCGGCUGGUUUGUGGCAGGGUAUCGCUUCUUGGGUUAAACUUCCUCCCAUUUUUCUCUUCUCGGUUAAAGAUAUUGUCGAAGUGGUUGAAGGUUCGAGAUGGUCGAAGAAUAAAAAGGAGCUAUUAUAUGGGAUCCUCAUUGUGGCUUGUUGGCGUCUAUGGAAAGCUCGGAACGAGAGAGUUUUUGCUCAAAAGAAUAGGAACGCCGUAGAGUUAGUGGCGGACAUUAAGUCCCUGUCUUAUCUUUGGUUAUGUAGUAGAGGUAGAUUUGGUGGGGUGGAUUGGAAGGGGUGGAAGUCAUUUGUUUUUGAUGUGAUGUAA